GCGUUCUUUCUUGAUCGUGUGUUGAGAUGAAGCGCGGGAGCUUAGCCAGCCCGUCCUGUUCAGGAGGCGGACAGCAGAAAACUGAGGUAGAAGUUGAAUUUGUUAAGGUCAAAAAGAGAGCUUUGGAGAGAUUGACAACUGAAGUAAUGCAGUUGCAUGACAUUCUACCCAAGAUAUUGAAUAGUGAUAUCUUAGAAAGCUUCCAGAAACUGGAUGCCCUUGAAACAAUUGUAGAAAAGAAAGGUAAUGAACUGGAACAAUUGAGAAUGGAUUGUGAACACUAUAAAGCUCGCUUGGAAGCAGCCCAGGCAGACUGUGUGAGAGAAAGAAAGGAAAAAUUAAAUAUUCGACAACAGCUGAACGAUGCAAAGCAUCAAUUAUUACAACAAGCUGAAUAUUGUACAGAAAUGGGUGCUGCAGUAUGCACAUUACUAUGGAGUGUUUCUAAUAAUGAAGAAGCAGUUAAAAAUAUUCUAGGAAGUGCUCAAGCUGUAAAGUUUUUUAAUAUUGCUGGACAAACAAUGGAGAGUUUUGUCCGCUCUUUAAAUGAAGAUAGCAAACAUCAGGAUAUGGAUUCUGAUGAAAGUCAGUUUGUGUUAGGUUUGGCUGGAAUUGUUACAAAUGUUGCUGCUUUAGCAGUUGGUCGUGAAUUCCUUGUUGGUUCAAAUCAGGUACUGCUGGACACAAUGAUUCAGCUGCUGAAAGACAUGAAGCCAGGAUGUUGCACCAAACUGAAAGUGCUGAUGCUGAUGUCCUUAUAUAAUAUUAGUAUCAACAUGAAAGGUGUGAAGUACAUCAGUGAAAAUGCAGGAUUCUUCCCGUUAAUCUGGUGGCUCCUGAAUGAUCCAGAUCCAGAAGUAUGUUUUCAUGUAUUACGACUUCUCCAGUCCAUGAUUAUGGAGCCAGAGAUAUUAACUAAGUCAGCUCUCGAAAUACGUGACUCCCUACCACUUCCACGAAUCCUUUUGCUAUCAAAGAGCUGUAAUAAAGAUCUACAAAUUCUGGCCCAAGAACUGCUUGAGGACCUCAGAGUAUUAGAAGGUGAAAUGUAAGACUCUUUCUGAGGAUAUCAUUAAUUUUUUUCAAGCAUACUUUUAAGUUAUGUAAUAAUUUGUAAAAUAUUAUACCUGCUUUCUAAUACAUUUAGUCAUUGUAAUUAAAUAGUUUAUAUGCUUGGCAUUCCUGCACAGGAAUCCCAACCAUAAAUAGCACCUCAGAAUUUAUAGUCUUGUGAUGUAUCAAAUCUCUUAGAAAUACUGAGUUUAAUAUCUGCAAUAUUUGUAAGGAAUGGGUAGACUUACUAAUAACCUUCCCUUAAUUAGAAUCUUACCUGAUAGCUAAGGGAUAUAGUUCAGAAUUUAUAUUUUCCAUAUCAUAACUUGUUAAGGUAAAAUCAAGUACCUUUGGUCUAUUUUAUUCUUCAUUCGACUUCCUCUUAUUUUAGUAACAGUGAGAAUAGUCUUUAAAUUUUGAGUUUUAACAUCAAAAAUGACCUUAGCUUAAAAAUCUAGUAAAGGAUGCGAGACUUCUUUUUUUGUAAAUAUUUAUAUCAAAACUAUGUAAGUUAAAUUAUCAACAGAAUUGUCUGGGUGAAAGGUUGCUGGGCAGAAGGCUGUCUGUUCCACACACCCCCACCCUGGUUUCCUCACACUAUAUAAGCUUACUGCAUUGGAAAGGGACAAAAGAACAUUGCCAUUAGAAAAGCCUCCUCCUUUCCUGGUACUCUCCUAGGAUUUUUAGAAAGAUUAGCUAUGGAGUAGCAUAAGUUGUAAAGCUUUUUUCCAUUGCUGGCUGUAGACUUUCAUUUCAUUCUGUACCUUCCAAAGUUGAACUUACCAGCAUAGUGGGUGACUCCUGCAAAUUGCCUCUUAUAUUGUUCUAGGGACAGGGAGAGAAUGUAAGUGGAGACAACCAACAAAAGGUCACAGCUCAUUUUGCCCUAGCACCUCACCCAUAGUGGUCUAGGCACAAGCAUUCUCUUUGAUUAUUAGCCUGGCUGAUUCAGUUUGGUACUAUCAUAUUUCUUGCUCUUCAAUGCUUCUGUGCCACAUUCCUCCUACUUCCAGGGUCAGUCAGGGAAACUGAAAAGAUAGCUACUUUUUAUUCUGUAUCUAUGAUUUUGUAUAGUGCUAACUAAUUUAAAAAGAGACACUAGCAUCCUCCUUUGGGCUUUAAGUAACUAGGACAAUUUGCUAGGCCUGGUUGUUAGUAUGGUAAUAAAUAAUUCAUGGACAUACAGUACAAAUAUAUUAGUAACAAUUUUUCAAUAGUUACUUAUUAAGAAUAUAAGAAUUUCUGACUGUACCUUGCUAAAAUGAAAAAGGAUCACUUAUUUUGUCUCCUUAAGAUUAAGAGAGUCUUUCAUGUUGUUUUUAAAUUGUCUAAAAUGUUGCAGUGUAACUUUCUGUAAGAAAAUUGAAAAUUUUCAAUCUGAAGUGGGGGCAUUUUUAUUGAUAAGUUUCCAUGUCUUCCCCUCAUAAUUGUCUUUGCACUGAGAAUACCCAUCUUCUGAAGUUAUAAGCUAUUUAUAUUAGAAUGAUGUAAAAGUAUUGCCCUCUUUUAAUUUUCAUAAUUUAGAAUUCAAAACAUGCCAAUAUUGUAUAAUGGCUGAACAUGAAAAAGCUGAAAACUGUAAAUUUUGUUGGAAAUAAAAUAAAUAACUUGGCUAACUA